GGUAUUACGUGGAAUGUUAAGUUUCAGUUUUGCUUUCACGAUGUAGCAGCGUGUCUAGUGAAACAGGUUUUCAUGUCUCUUUGUUUUAGUUUGGGACAUUUCAGAGGUCCGAAGCCACUGAAGCCUGUUGUGAAGCUGGUGAUCCUAUGAUGUUGGCCCAGAAGACUUGGAGCCGAGUUUGGCGCCACCUUCUGGUGAUCGCGUUGUGUGAACUCAUGACACACUGUCAAUCUCACAGCACAGGCUCUUCAAAGCAGCGGACUCUCUUUUUGGUUGGAAAAACUGGCUCUGGAAAGAGCGCAUCAGGAAACACCAUCUUGGGUCGCUCUGUGUUUAGAGAAGACGCCUCGGCUGAGUCGGUGACAAAAACCUGUGAGAGACGAGAGCCACUGGAAGGAGACAGAAACAUCGUGGUGAUCGACUCUCCUGGAAUAUUUGACACACAUAAAACACAAGUCCAACUCAAAGAAGACAUUGAGCAGUGUGUUAAGCUGUCGGUUCCUGGGCCUCAUGCUUUUCUGUUAGUGAUAAACUUAAAGUCCAGAUUCACAAAAGAGGAAAAGGACACUGUGAAGUGGAUCCAGGAUAAUUUUGGCUCUGCUGCUGCUACUUUCACCAUAGUCCUGUUCACUCAUGCUGAUGUGUUGAGAGGUAAAUCUGUUGAGGACUUUGUGGCAGAAAGCAAACACCUACAAACUCUAAUACAGCAGUGUGGAGGAAGAUACCACUCGUUAGUCAAUGGGCUGAGUUCAGACAGAAAACAGGUCACAGAACUUCUGGAUAAAAUAGAUGAAAUGGUUCAAAUAAAUGGGGGAGACCAUUACACCAAUAGUAUGUACAAAAAAGCCCAGAGGGAACUGGAGGAGGAAGAGGAAAGAGCAUGGUGGGAGGAAUACGAAAGAACAAAAAAGACAGAGAGGAAAAGAUGUAAAUCUAAGUGUGAAGAAUAUAAACAGGAGGCUAGAAAGCAGAUGGAGAGAAAGGAAAAACUUCGUUUAUGGUGUAGAGUAUUAAAAAUGGUUUCCAAAGGAAUGAAGUCUGCUAAGCAUAACUACUUUGCAGCAAUGGGAAAGGUUGUUGGUUUUGUCGUUGAAGACUGUGAACUUUUUGAGUAUGUGUUUCCUUAAAUCAGUGGGAAAUGUGACAAAAUGAACCAACUCGCGCACAGUUUAUGCUUUCUGCAGACACUUAUUUACAUUUAAUGUGUCCAACAGCUUAGUAACAGGUCUGACAAAUAUCUGAUUGACGGAAUGAAAACCGUUUUGAUGUAAAGAUGUUUUAUUUAAGUCUGUUACGGUACUUUUUCAUCUGACAAGUCUAAUUGUGACCUUUUGCUGUUGCCUCCAUGAGUAACACAGUGUCAAUGUCAAACUUCUUUAUGAAGCACAUUUAAAACAGCUACUGCUGCACAAGGUGCAACUAAGGAUAAGUAAAAUACACGACAAUGAUACAAUCACAGAUCAAAAGAUAAAGAUAAAACAUUGCUUGUGUGAAAUUGAGAAUUACAUCUGUUUAACAAUUUCCCAACCUCAAAAUGAAAAUAUGCCAUUUAUAAUGACUGUAAUUAAGUGCAAAUAGUAAAAAUUGCGUAACUACUCUUUAUAUUUUCUUCACUUUAUCAUUUAAAGAUUAUUGGAGGAUGAGGCCAUCAAGUGGUUUUAAUUUAACUUUCUGUUCAGAAUAACUUGCUUGCUGUCAGAAUGUUACUUAGAACAUUCUGUAUCAAGAUUAAAGUUGUAAAAUUCGUUCUACUUUAACUUUAUUCUUUGUUUUGUUUGAAGGCUUUGUUUCUUUUACAUUUUAUUCGUUUAAUCAGAAAUUUGCAUGGGAUGGUUGCUUUGUUUUGAAAGGUUUGAAAUGAUUUGUAUAAUUUUGCUGGAUUUGGUGUAAUACCAACCUCUGUUUAAAUAAAUGCUCAUUGAAACACA